AUGGGCGAGAGGCUGCAGACGAUGGAAGGACGGAUGACGUCAAUCGAAGCGAUUUUGCGAGCUCGCCCCGCUAAUGAAGACUGCCAGGAGCGGGCUAGCCGGGCGACUAAAGGAUCGUCUUCGAGUGAGGAGGAAGAGCCGGAAGCGGUGGACGACGGCGCGGACGGAAACGCGGACGAGGAUGCGGAUGAGGCCGCCGGUGAUGAGUGGGGACUCCCGCUGCAACGGUUGACGUGGGAGAUGCUGAAGACGAACCUAAGAGUCCUGCGAUUCAGCGCCAUGUACAUGGUGCGCUGCGCAAUCUCUAUUAGGUCACGAGUGAGCACGAAGACGAAGUAA